GUGUCCUGUAGUGAUGUCAUAGUCCAUUAAAAAAAACACACAAAAAAACCCAAGCCUUGUUUAAUGCAGCUCUAAGAGAUGAUACCUCUAUAAUAACUCGACGUAAAGGGGGAUUUUUUUUUAACAUUUGUGGAACAGUUUUUGAGUCUGUAGGACAAAGUUUUCCCUUCGCAACUUGUUCCGUUGAAGCGGAACCUUGUGCUUUGGUGUAGGGAGGAGGAGGAAGCUAGUGCUGCGGAGCUAUGCUAGCUCUAAUGGUCACAAGAAAUCGCAAAUAGUUCAUGUAAAACAAAAUCAUCCUCCAGAAUCAUGGGGAACGGAAUGAACAAGGUUAUUGAUGGUCUCUAUUUAGGAAAUAUAAGAGACUCAGAGAACCGAGAAAGCCUGUCUAAGUACGGUAUCACUCACAUCCUCUCUGUGUGCAACAACGCCAAACCGGUACUAGAGGACAUGACGUACCUUUGCAUUCAUGCCGCAGACGCCUCGAAUCAAAACCUGUUACAGCAUUUUAAAGAGUGUAUCCGCUUUAUCCAUGAGUGUCGGCUCAGCGGAGGGGCGUGUCUGGUCCACUGCCUGGCCGGAGUGUCGCGCAGCACCACCAUGGUGGUGGCGUACCUGAUGACGGUCACCACCUACGGCUGGGAGGAGUGUCUGUCUGCGGUGAAGGCUGUGCGAUCGUUCGUGGGUCCCAACUGCGGGUUCCAGCAACAGCUACAGCAGUUCCAAAGGACGCAGCUUUCAGAGGUAUCUCUUCAACCUUCAGCUCACAUCAUUAGUAUCGUGCUUGGCUCCGGACCAACUACAGGCCCAGUCCAUUUAAUGACCAGGAGCAGGUUUCUGCUUUACUGGUCCUCUACAGCGAGCAGCAGGCCCAGGAGCGGCGACGACGAGGAGCCCAGGACUGGAUGAAUCAGGCUUCUGGAGUUUACCCUCUGCCUUAUAGCCGCUUUAACAGAUGAGCGAUCUCCGUCCAUGCACUAAAAGAUAAAGAUCCACAAGCUCUUAAUGACUGCUGCUCACCUGUAGAAUAACUUCCGCCAAGCUUAACUGAGCUCAGCAAUAUCACGUCCUCUGCCCUCAGCAAAGACUUUUAGGUUAUUAUUAUUAUAUUUAAAUGAAAAAGCAUAGCCAAACCCCCCGAAUGUAUCAUCCGUCCACUUCCAGUCAACACGCAAAAGAAAGACAGGGAUCACACUGAAUCAUUCUUUCUUAGGAAAGCACUUAGAGUGAUCGCAUCAAUGAGGUCUAACACACCGUGGGUUUCUUUUUUUUUUCUCCUUUUUUAAAUAAAUGUCUAAUUCUUCUUUUUUUUUAAAUAAAUAAAUAAAUAAAUAAAUAAAUAAAUAAAUAAAUAAAUAAAUCAGACUA